UCCAUGCGCCCCCCAUGGCCACGCUGCGGGAUGAGGGAGCGGCAGGAGCGGCGGGAUCUUUGGGAUCCUCGGGAUCGGCGGGGUCGCCGUCGGACGACGAGAUGGCCACGAGCGACAGCGGCGACAGCUGCGACAGCGGCGGCUCCGCCAGCGCCGGCCCCCCGUCCAUCCUGCGGCGCUCCCGCAGCCGCCCCGGGAAGCGGGUGCUUGCCCAGGUCACCGUGUACUACUUUGCGCGCCGCCAGGGCUUCACCUGCGUGCCCAGCGCGGGCGGCAGCUCCCUGGGCAUGGCCCCCCGGCACCACCGCGCCCGCAGGUACAGCCUCAGCCAGUUCGCACACCUGCGCCAGGUGAGCCACCGGCAGCACCUGCGCCAGCACCUGCGCAGGGAGAAGCUGCGCGCCAGGAGGAGGGAGCUGACGCAGAACGGGGCGGUGCCGUCGGCCGAGGCCGCGGGGCUCACCUUGGCGGACGUGUCUGAGGACGAGCUGGACGCGGGGCAGGUGGAGGUGGGCGAUUAUUUCUACCUGCAGCCGCUGCCCACCAAGCGGCGCCGGGCGCUGCUCCGCGCCUCGGGCGUGCGCCGCAUCGACGCCGAGGAGCGCCAGGAGCUGCGGGCCCUGCGCCUGUCCCGAGAGCAGUGCGGCUGCCUCUGCCGCCUCACCUGCGAGCCACGCACCUGCGCCUGCAGCCAGGCCGGCAUCCAGUGCCAGGUGGACCGCACGUCGUUCCCGUGCGGCUGCUCGCGGGAGGGCUGUGGGAACGCGUGGGGCCGGAUCGAGUUCAACCCCCUGCGGGUGCGCACGCACUUCCUGCACACGCUGAUGAAGCUGCAGCUGCAGGGCCGCAGGGGGGGCCGCGACGACGAGCAGGAGCAGCGGGAGGGGGGCGAUGGAGCAGCCCCCGGCCCCGCCUGGGCCCCCCCCGAGACUCAGGACUUCCAGGAGUACCUGGCGGAGAACGAGCGGGCGGUGCUGCACCUGCAGACGGCCGAGCGGCUGGACCGGCUCCAGGCCGAGGAGGGCGAGGGGGGCGGGCUCUGCGUCCUGGGGGAGCACCUGGACGGCACCGCCUGGCAGGUGAAGCCCCCCCUGUGCCCACCCGGCCUCGUCCCCUCUCCGUUCCCGCCGGGAUCGCCCGUCCUGGGCUUCCCCCCCGAGCAGCCGGCAGGUGGGCACCCAGGUGGGCCCUCAGGUGAGUUCACAGGUGGGCUCCCAGGUGUGCUUACAGGUGUGCCCCCAGGUGGGCUCCCAGGUGAGUUCACAGGUGAGCUCCCAGGUGUGCUUACAGGUUUGCCCCCAGGUGGAUCCCCAGGUGAGCUCCCAGGUGGAUCCCCAGGUGAGCUCCCAGAUGAGUUCACAGCUGGGCUCCCAGGUGUGCUUACAGGUGACCCCCCAGGUGACCCCCCAGGUGAGCCCCCAAAUGAGUUCAGAGGUGUGCUCCCAGGUGGGUCCCCAAAUGAGUUCAGAGAUGGGCUCCCAGGUGUGCUUACAGGGGUGCCCCCAGGUGGGUCCCCAAGUGAGCCCCCAAAUGAGUUCACUGGUGUGCCCCCAGGUGAACUCCCAGGUGGGCCCCCAAGUGUGCUUACAGGUGGGCUCCCAAGUGAGUUCCCAGGUGAGCCCCCAGGUGGACUCACCGAUGAGUCCCCAGGUGAACUCCCAGGUGUGUCCCCAGGGGAGCCCCCCCGUGUGCCCCCAGCCCCACCUGGCCGAGGUCCCCGCUGGGCCCCACUGGCAGGUGCAGCCCCAGGUGGGUGGGGAAGGUGGGAACGGCCCCGAGGAGCCCCCAGCCCCCACCUGCAGCCCCCCCGGGGAGGACCUGGGGGUCCCAUCUGCCCCCCCUGCUGAGAGCAAGGGGGGGGCUCCCCAAAGCCCCCCGGAGCACCUGGAGCAGGUGGAGCACCUGGAGCUGCCCCCCCUGCCCGUCUGAGCGGCCUCGUCCCCUCCUUAUUUAUUCCAUGGACUGAGGGACUGACUGGGGGGCUGCUCCGCCCUGGGGGGCCACCUGGGCCAGGGCUCCAGGCCCUGCUCACCUGGAGAGACACCUGGGCUGGGACACCUGGAGACACCUGGGCUGGGACACCUGGAGAGACACCUGGGCUGGGACACCUGGAGAGACAGCUGGGCUGGGACACCUGGAGAGUCACCUGGGCUGGGACACCUGAACUGGAGAGACAUCUGAGCUGGGACACCUGGACCCUUCCCAUCCUCCAUCCCACCUGAGCUGGGACAGACCUGAGCUGGAGCCUCCUGGAUCCCACUUGGCAGAACUCACCUGUGCACCAGGACGCACCUGAGCUGGGACACCUGGACCCUUCCCAUCCUCCAUCCUACCUGGGCUGAGACACCUGGACUGGGACACACCUGAGCUGGAGCCUUCUGGGCCAUUCCCAUUCUCCAUCCCACCUGGGCUGGGACACCUGAACUGGAGCCCCCUGGAUCCUAGGGCAGCUCCCUCCCACCUGGCAGAGCUCACCUGUACCCGGACACACCUGAGCUGGACCUGCUGGAUCCUUCCCAUCAUCCCUCCCACCUGGGCUGGGACACCUGAGCUGGACCCCUGAGCUGGGACACACCUGGGCUGGGACACCUGGACCCUUCCCAUCCUCCAUCCCACCUGGGCUGGAGCCUCCUGGAUCCCCCCUGGCAGAGACACCUGUGCACCAGGACACACCUGAGCUGGGACACACCUGGGCUGGGACACCUGGACCCUUCCCAUCCUCCAUCCCAGCUGAGCUGGAGCCUCCUGGAUCCCCCCAGGCAGAACUCACCUGAGCUGGACCCCCUGGGUCUCUGGUCCCACCUGGCUGCCCUCCCCUUCCCUGCCCCAGGAGCCCUUCAGGUGUGCCCAGGUGUGCCCAUGGAUGUGCCAUUCCCAGGGAACCCCCGGAAUCCCCUCGGGGUCUCCCCAGGUCUCCGCUGGCAGCGAACUGGGCACACUGGGAUGGAUUCCAGUUCUGGACCCACCUUGGACCGGGAAUGAUGGAAACCCCUCCGAGCUCUGGAGCUUCCUGGGCUGAAACUCCUCAUUUUUGGGGCUUUUCCCUCUUUUUUGGCCCUGGCCAGGGGAGUUCAAGCUGGGCCAGGAGGAAUCCCAGGUGGGAGUGGAGGAAAAUCGGGAUGUGGGGGAGGCCCUGCCUGUUCCCCAGCCCGUCCCAGGCUGGGAUCUGCCCCCUGGACACUCCUGGGAUCUGCCUCCUGGAUCCUGGGAUCUGCCCCCUGGACACUCCUGGGAUCUCCUCCUGGAUCCUGGGAUCUGCCCCCUGGACACUCCUGGGAUCUCCUCCUGGAUCCUGGGAUCUGCCCCCUGGACACUCCUGGGAUCUCCUCCUGGAUCCUGGGAUCUGCCCCCUGGACACUCCUGGGAUCUCCUCCUGCAUCCUGGGAUC